AUGAAGAAUGAAGGGAUUAUCAAAUCAUCUCAAGUUUUCAUUUUUUUUAUUUUAAUUUUAAUGUUGACAAGUAAUAAUUCAGUUAUCAGGGCUACAAGCAGCAAUGAAUUAUUACAACAACAACAACAUAAUAAACAAAAUAAAAAACAGCAACAACAACAACAGUAUACUGACGAUUCAAUAAUAUUUAUUCAAAAUAAUAUAAAUGAACAAAAUAUAAAAAAGCAAAUUGGGUUUCAUUAUACUUUUACACAGGAAUCAAAUAUGCCCACUUUAUUUGGGAAUACUUUUAUUUUAAGUGAAGGUUCAAGUUUAAUAGGUGGAGGAACUGUCGAUCAGCAGCUACAGCAAUUACAGCAAUUAGCACAACUUCAUCAGCAACAACACCAUUCUAAUAUAUUACAAAGAUCAUUCAUUAAAGAGAAUGGGGUGGAUCAAUUAUCUUCACCAUUAAUAGCUACGAAUACAAAUAAAAAAAAAAAUAAUAAUAACAACAACAACAACAAUGAUAACAGUGUUAAUUUAGUAGGUUUAAAAACUAUUUCAACUUUAUCAUUAGAUUUUGUAUCAUCAUUUAAAAAAUCAUAUUAUCAAUAUCAACAUGUAGUU